UUUCGACGCUUAAUUAUCGCAAGUAGUCUGGCCAGUAUGGCGGUAUGGAAGAUUGGUCUCAAUACACUCAGGAAAAAAAACUUCCGUUAGAAAUUGAAAAGGUGUUGGAUCACGGAGAUGAAAGCAAGGAUUAUGAGAGCCCGUAAUAUCAAGCUGCCAUGGAGGUCUUUUACCAGCGGCAUCUCAGUCUUGCUAGACCAUGGCCAGCACCCGAAGUUCAAGCUGCGCUGAACUGGUUUGCUAAGGAUGCAACUACGUACGGUAACUAAGGCUGUCAGUUAUCUGCUCCAUGUACAUUCGCUGACAACAGUCUAAGGUAUGGGCCUUGUGAGCUUGUCCCCAAUGGGAAUCUUCGCAACUGGACAUCGAUUCCGAAUCUAAGCAAAAUCAAGGCUCCGACGCUUUUGAUCAACGGAACUGAGGAUGAAGCACAGGAUGUGGCAAUGCAACCAUUUUUCGAGCAUAUCGAGAAGGUUAAGUGGAUUGUUUUGGACAACGCCGCACAUUUUUGCCACGUUGACUAACGAGAAAAGUUCAUGAAACAUUUGAAAUCAUUCCUAGUAGACGCUUAAAAGCAGAUACACUAGUAACUUUGUUUAAUUGGUGGUAGCAGACAUUGAAGGACGAGGCCGAUGUUUUCACAAUCCAAU